UGGAUCCAGAGCUGGUGGACUUAUUAGAGGAGGGAAGUUGUGCAGCUUUAACUGGAUUAAAAGGCAGCAGGAGGAAGGAAAAGGAGCGUUUAAGGCAUCAAGAGUGACUUUUAACCCAGUGAGACGCUGCAAAGUGUGACUGGAGCCUCAUGGAUUGAUCUCUUCUCCUCCUGUAGGCUGCAGGAAGCUCUCGUUAUCACUGACAGGCUGCUUCUCUGCUGUUACAACGAUGGACGGAGCUGCUGCUGCCGCUCUUCUUCUUCUUCUCUUCUCUCUGAGUGCAGCUCCAGUCCGGGGUCAGGGCUCCUCCCAGGAUGCCUUCAUCAUCCAGUACCUGGAGAGGAGGCUGGCCCAGAUGGAGGAGCGUCUGAGUCAGUGCGAGCAGAACAUCGUGAGCGUCACCCAGAAGAGCUACGACCUUUCCUCGGAGGUCAGAGGUUCUCUGUCCACGGUCAGCGUCCUGAGGUCCGAGGUGAAGAGUCAGGUGGACAGCGUCUCUGCUCGGGUGGACCGGCUGGAGAGGGAGCUGGAGUAUCUGGAGAACAAGAUCCCCAGCCAGUCGGACAUCGAGAUGGAGGAGGCGCUCCUGGAGCAGCAGAUCAAAGCUGCAGAGCUGGACCAGCUCAAGAAGAAGGCCACCAUCCGGGUGCAGAACGACUGCAGCGCAGCUCUGAGCCAGAUCAAGUCGGUGAAGAUCGUGAAGAAGGUCGGAGACUCCUUAGGCUGCUGGUUCAAAGACCCGACAGAAGGAUCGGAGAAGGUUUACCUGCUCAGUGGGAUCCGCAACAACUCGGUUCUGGAGUUCGGUUCUCUGCAGAGCUUCAUAGAGAGGACGACUCCAGAGAAGGUUCUGAAGCUGCCGGUUGACUGGCAGGGCUCGGGUCACGUGGUCUACAACGGCUUCCUGUACUGCCACAAGGCCGACACACCCAACCAGGUCCUGAAGGUGGACCUGGUGAACGGCACCGUGGUGGACAGCACCCUCCUUCCAGGAGCCGGACGUCUUCCCGUCUACAGCCUGAACCCAAACACCUACCUGGACCUGGCGGUGGACGAGCUCGGCCUCUGGGUGAUCCACGCCGACCCCGAGUACGGAGGGAACCUGGUCAUCACCAAACUGGACAAAGUGAGUCUGGCGGUAGAAUAUACGUGGGACACUCAGUGCAGAAGCCGUGAUGCUGAAGGAGCCUUCUUCAUCUGUGGAACCCUCUACGUGGUUUAUAACACCCGGUAUGGAGGCCGCUCCACCGUCCAGUGUCUGUACGACAUCCACGACACCAUCCACAGCAACGAGAGCCCGGUGAUGUUCUUCCCAAAGCGCUACACCAGCCACAGCAGCAUCCACUACCACCCUGGAGACCAGCAGCUGUACGCCUGGGACGACGGCUACCAGACCGUCUACAAGGUGGAGACGCGCCGCAACGACCAGGCUGCUGCAGAGUGACGCUGUUGUUACCGCAGAGGUCGUCCUGCAUCUGUAUCACCGCAACAAUAACCCACAAUCCUGCAAAUAAAGCUCUCGUAUAGAAGCAUCAAGUUAGAAAAGUUCUUUUUCUGUAACUGUAGAGAUCCUCUGCUGGCAUUGGAUGCUGCCUUCAUCACUGUGAGACCAUGUUGGACCAAAGGCCUGGAACCAUGGAGGCUUUAACCUUUGUACCACCACAAUAAAGAGCAUUGAAGUGUCCCGUGUGUUUUAAUAAAUCAUCGUCUCUCA